AUGGCCUCCUCGCUCACGGUCGAGGAGCUCCGGUCUCGACUGCACGAUCUCGGACUCGACACUAAGGGCAAGAAAGCUGACCUUCGAUUUCGGCUCAAGAAAGCUAUUCGGAACGGCAGCAACAGUCCCACCUCAGCUUCAGCGACAGAUACCCCUGAAAGUCCCGCUGGCGCAGGCUGGGAGCCCGAAUUCGACACCUUCCUUGUCUUGGACGUAGAGGCUACCUGUGAAGCCACCCGCAAGUAUCGCAACAUCAACCAUGGCUUUGAAACAGGCUGCUUCCAGUAUCCGAACGAGAUCAUCGAGUUCCCUGUCGUCUUGCUAAAAUGGAACAAAGACUCACAACAGCUCGAAACAACCGGCAUCUUUCACUCAUAUGUUCGACCGACUUUCCGACCGAAACUCGCCAAGUUUUGCCGAGACCUCACAGGUGUCACACAAGCACAAGCCAAUGCUGCACCCGUAUGGAAAGGCGUCGUUGAGAAGCUUUUCCGCUUCCUCGAGUCACAUGAUCUCGUCGAAAACACAGGAACAGGUGAACCUCACCUCCAGAACUUUAGGUUACGGCGUGGCGUAGCAUGGAUCAACCACGGACCAGCCGAUUUGAGGGACUUUGUCAUCAAGCAAUCCUGGAUCUCAGCCUUGCCGAGGGAUAAGCACCACGGAGGACCACCUAUCUUCCUCCGUGGACCUCUCAUCGACAUUCGUAAAGGUAUAGCAAGCUUGUUCAAAUGGGAGCAGGAGCUGAGAGCUGAACAGCAGAGUCGGGGCAGUUCUUCACGGUCGACUCCCUUCCCGGAGUUUGGCGGGGAGGAUGGUUUUCAAGUUAUUCCACCUCAACCGAGCAAUGCAGGCGCGGCGAGUGGAGUGAAGAAAGAACUGAGGACUACGGGCUUAUCUCCGCAUGAACAGAGCUUAGCGGGUCUGUUGGAGGUAAUGAACAUCGGACCGUUUCAGGGAAGACAGCAUUGCGGAUUGGAUGAUACGAAGAACAUCGCUCGACUGGCGGUGGAGAUUGCGAGACGAAUAUUGCUGGCAUCGCAAGGAACUCAGUUGCUGCUUUCGAAAAGUUACGAAUCGGUCGAUGGUCAGAUAGAGUCCACGGCUGCCGUGCUCGAGCUUGAUCCCGAAACGGGGCCGGCGAGGGCAAAACAGAUGGAAAAGCUAGUAUUGAAGCCCAAUGUAAGACUUGAUGGCUUCAGUAAGCGAUUCUUUUGGAUGGGUAAGACGGUGGGUGAGGUCAAAUGGCCGUUCCCACCAGAGGUUGAGCAGGAAGAUGCUCUACACACCGAGGCUGAACCCCGCUGUCAGAUGUACACAUCGGUACGUCAAAGGCUGCUCUCCUUUGCACAGCAGCCGUACUCCUCGUCCUUGAACGCAUAG